CCUCCCCAUAUCCAAUUUUGUCUAUAGGUACAAUUUUAGCGAAGCACCACGAAGCAAGUUUUCGAUUCGUCGCUUUUAUUUCCCGAAUAAUCAUUCAAAUGUUUUUUCUUCACCAAUUACACAUGAUAAAUUGAUAACAGAAUCUUUAUUUGGCAUUUGUAGUUUUCUAUUGUGAUUGCAGAGACUGAACACAUUACAAAAUGGCUAGUGUAUCCUAUCAAAUUGCAAAUCUUCUCGAGAAGAUGACGUCCAACGAUAAAGACUUCAGAUUUAUGGCUACUAAUGAUUUGAUGACUGAGUUACAAAAAGACAGUAUAAAGCUUGACGAUGAUUCUGAGAGAAAAGUCGUGAAGAUGCUCCUCCGUCUGUUGGAAGACAAGAACGGUGAAGUGCAAAAUUUAGCAGUAAAAUGUCUUGGUCCACUCGUGAACAAAGUUAAAGAAUAUCAAGUGGAGGGCAUUGUAGACACACUGUGUGCAAACAUGCUCUCAGAUACAGAACAACUAAGAGAUAUCAGCAGCAUUGGAUUGAAGACAGUUAUUUCUGAACUCCCUUUAGGCUCCAAUACUUUGGCUGCUAAUGUCUGUAAGAAAAUAACAGGCAAACUGAGCAGCGCUAUUGAAAAGCAAGAAGAUGUUUCCGUACAGCUUGAGGCUCUUGACAUACUGGCUGAUCUGUUAAGCAGAUUUGGAGGUCUGCUGAUAUCUUUUCACCCUAUGCUCUUAAACUCCCUACUGCCGCAGUUAGCCUCUCCACGCCAGGCCGUCCGCAAACGCACCAUAGUUGCACUGUCACACUUGGUCAUGUCUUGCAAUGCGUCUCUCUACAAUAAACUCAUUGAUCACCUGCUGGAGGGCCUCAGUUCUUCCACAUCUUCAAGUGUUAGCCGCACCCAUAUACAGUGUAUCGCUUCUAUAUGCCGCCAGGCAGGACAUAGGUUCGGCGAGCAACUGUGGCGAGUUGCGCCGCAAGUCUUAGAAUACUCUACCGACGCUGAUGAAGAGCUGCGCGAGCAUUGUCUUCAGGCUCUGGAAGCUUUCGUACUUAAAUGCCCUAAGGAAGUGCAACCCCAUAUCCCCACUAUAAUCGACCUCUGCCUGAAAAUGAUAACAUACGAUCCCAACUACAAUUACGAAGAUGAAGAGGAAGAUGGCGGCGGCGAGGACGAAGAGAUGGAGGACGAGUCAUUCACGCCCGACGCGGAUCCGGAGUCCGACUCCGAGGAGUACUCUGACGACGAUGACAUGUCUUGGAAGGUAAGGCGUGCAGCAGCUAAGUGCUUGGAGUCAGUUAUCGCGACUCGUCACGAACUGCUGGCUGAGAUGUACCAAACUGUAUCGCCAGCUUUAAUUGCGCGAUUUAAAGAACGCGAGGAGAAUGUGAAGUGCGAUAUCUUGAGCGCUUAUACCGCCUUGUUGAGGGCCACACGUCCCCCUCCCUCUCUACAGCUGACUAUGGCACCUGCUGAUAAUUCACCACAGGCUUUACUACUGCAAAGGGUGACGGGUGUGGUCCGCGGCGCGCUGCGCGUGAUCCGCGGGCGCAGUGUCCGCGCCCGCGGCUGCGCGCUGGCGCUGCUGCGCGAGCUGCUGGCCGCCGCGCCCGGCUGCCUCGCCGACCACGCCGCCAGGGUCAUCCGCGCGCUCACACCCGCGCUCACCGACAAGAGCACGGCGUCGUCCAUGAAGAUCGAGACGCUGGUGUUCGUGGUGUGCCUGGUGCGCGGCCACAAGGCGGCCACCAUGCGCGCGCACGUGGCCGCGCUGCUGCCCGCCGUGCUGGGCUGCGUGCACGACCCCUUCUACAAGGUCACGGCCGAGGCGCUGCGCGUGCUGCAGACCCUCGUCAAGGUCAUGCGACCUUUGGACCAAGUGACCAAUGAACCAGAGGGCACAGUGCAUGUGGAGCCUCCUCCGGAGGAACUGCAGCAGUUCAUCCCCGCGAUGUACGAGUGCACGUUAGUACGACUGCGAGCUACGGAUAUGGAUCAGGAGGUCAAGGAAAGGGCCAUCGCCGCCUGCGGACAGCUGCUGUGCCACUUUGGCGACUACUUACAACAUGAACUCCUCGUCUGCCUCCCGAUCUUCUUAGAAAGACUUCGAAACGAAAUAACACGUUUGACUACAGUGAAAGCCUUGACUAAGGUGGCAUCAUCUCCUUUAAGAAUCGAUCUCACACCAAUUUUGGCGGAUGCCGUGCCAAUACUUGGAUCGUUCCUGAGGAAAAAUCAAAGAGCGUUAAAGUUGUCCACAUUAGUGCUUUUGGACACGCUAGUACAGAAUUAUAGCAAUGCUAUUAGCAUAGAAUUGCUAAGCAAGGUGUUGAUGGAGGUCCCGGCGCUGGUGUGCGAGGCGGACCUGCACUGCGCGCAGACGGCGCUGACGCUGGUGCGCGGCGCGUGCCUGCGCUGCCCCGCCGCGCUCACGCCCGACGCGCGCCACGCGCUCACGCCCAACAUACUCGCGCUCGCCAAGUCGCCGCUGCUGCAGGGUGGCGCCCUAAAAGCAAUGCUGGGCGUACUGAGCGCGCUGGUAGCCGCUGAUGUAGCGGGUUGUUCACGGCGUGAGUUGUUGGCGCUGCUGGUGGCACCUGUUCAUCGCCUACACGAGCACAACGCUUCGGCACAUCACAUCAAACAGGCAUUCCACUCGCUGGCGAAGUGCGUGGCGGCGGUGGUGGUGUCGGGCGGGUCGGACGCGCUGGACGUGACGCGCGGCUUCCUGCGGGACGCGGCGCAGCCCGCCACCGACGCGCAUCACAUGUUCGCGCUGCUCGCGCUCGCGGAGAUCGGACGACACCUAGAUUUAAGCUCCAUUCCGAACUUGAAGGAAGUACUUCUAAGUUCUUUCGCACCGUCAUCUGAGGAAGUGAAGUCAGCCGCAAGCUACGCGCUGGGCUCGGUGGCGGUGGGCAACCUGCCCGAGUUCCUGCCCUUCAUCCUGGGUGAGAUCGAGGCACAGCCUAAGCGACAGUAUUUGUUGCUGCACUCGCUACGAGAGAUAAUCUCAUGUGAAUCUUGCACUCCAGAAGGAAUAGAAGCUCUUAGGCCAUUCAUACCAGAAAUCUGGGUUCAGCUGUCAAAACACUGCCAGUGUGCGGAGGAAGGUUCCCGUAAUGUUGUUGCAGAAUGCUUAGGAAAACUAUGCUUAUUGGAGCCACAAGACUUGUUACCACACCUCAAAGAAUUCCUCAAAUCUCCAGAGCCACUCACAAGGACAACUGCUGUCACUGCUGUUAAAUUCACUAUAUCAGAUCAGCCGCAAGCCAUCGACCCGCUGCUGCGCGGCUGCAUGUCGGAGCUGCUGGUGCCGCUGCGCGACCCCGAGCUGGGCGUGCGGCGCGUGGCGCUCGUCGCCUUCAACUCCGCCGCGCACAACAAGCCCUCGCUCGUCAGGGACCUGCUGCCGCAAGUACUGCCCACCAUCUACAGCGAGACCAAAGUCAAGAAAGAACUAAUUCGUGAAGUGGAGAUGGGUCCAUUCAAGCACUCAGUGGACGACGGGCUGGACCUACGGAAGGCGGCGUUCGAGUGCAUGUACACGCUGCUGGGCACGUGCCUGGACCGGCUGGACGUGUUCGAGUUCCUGCGCCACGUGGAGGACGGGCUGCGCGACCACUACGACAUCAAGAUGCUCACCUACCUCAUGUGUGCGCGACUCGCGCAGCUCUGCCCUACUGUGGUGUUGCAGAGGUUAGAAAGUCUAGUUGAGCCACUCAGAGCUACGUGCACGAUGAAGGUAAAGGCGAACUCAGUGAAGCAAGAGUACGAGAAGCAAGACGAACUAAAGAGGUCCGCGCUCAGAGCCGCCGCCGCGCUCUUACAGAUUCCGGAAGCAGAAAAGAAUCCACAUUUAAUGGACUUCGUGACUCAAAUCAAGUCGUUCCCCGACUUGCAGCCCAUCUUCGAGUCGAUCUUAAAGGACUCGACAGGCGGCAGCGGCGUGGACUCCAACCUCAUGGACCAAAGCUAGCCGCCCUAAGACUCCUGUUCUUCGCAUUUAUUCUCCCACAUUGCGACCAACACCUCGAGGUUCUAUUUUAUUUUGGUCUAUUUUGUUGUUUCGUUUUUGUAAGAAUGCAUAUUAUUUUGAUUCAUGUCAAAUGUAAAAAUGAUUGAAAUUGAAUAGAAGUUUAGUUAAAUACGAUAUUUUAAUUUCGCUUUUUAUUGAGGUCGAAAUUACAAACGAGUAUGUUUGAUUCAACAGCUUUAUUAUAAAGUUACAAAGUACAUAACUAAAACAUUAGCAAUGCUAAUCGUUUUCUUGACGUCAAGUAGCACGCGUCAGGAAGCGACUAACGUGAUGCUUACCAGGGAACUAAGGACGUAAGGAAUAAGGGUUACGUCACGGUUCGCAUUACUAUACUGUGACGGCGGAAAUCUUGACUUGCAUAACUAUCGAUAGCCAGGCUGAGUUCUCCAAUGCUUCUGGAAGUACUUAAAUAUACAGCUACCCUCGCCGACUGGUCGGUGUCUCAUAUCGAUAGUUAUACAGCAUAAUUUAUUUUAUUGAUAUGUAUUGUGAUAUUACAAGCUAUGUGGAAAAAUCAUAGGAAAAUGGAUAAAUACACUAUAAUGAAGCGAAA